ACGGCAGCACCAGCACCACACAAAACGCGGACGCGACUCGCUGUAUGGACGCAUGCGUGCUGGAUCCGCUGUCAUAUGUGGCUCCUGCACGCAUACGUGUUCUUGUGCGACCAUGGCUGCCCAUCAAACGAGCCGCUUUUGACAGCUUUCUCACUCAAUUGCGAGCUGUCAAUGAAGUGCGAUUAUCAGACGUACCUACCGGGCCCGCGGCUGAGCUAGGAACGUUCAAUGCUUCCUCUUAUCCAUCUGGCCGCAUCAUCUUCGACUUCUGCACAACUGUCGACAAGGACCACGAUCAUCUGGAGAGCUUUGAGUACUACCGUCGGAUAUUCGUCAUCCUACUAGUUGCAGAUGGUCAAGAAGGCGACGUAGAUGCUCAGAAGUGCGAGGUGAAGCUCAAGGAACUACAAAAGCAAGCACCUACGGCCAUUCUAUCGAGGACUUGGGUCUUCAAUGCUAACCCCCAACAAGAAGCAUCCGCUCUCACCUUCAUCCCGGAGAAUGCGCAUAUACACCAGCUCCGAGAGAACAUGAGUGAUCUCGUGGCUUCCGUUCUUGUUCGCUUCAACGUCUUGACCGGCGAGCUACGGCAACGGUCUACCAUCACCAGUCCAUUUGAUCCAGCUAGCAGUCUGCUCAAGACGUCAACCAGCAACUUAUCCGCAUCAGCCCUAUCCGACAUGCGCAUAACGCCAUCCUCCUCUCCAGGACCCGAUCGUAAUCCACGAUUCACUUUGGCGACAUCGGCAUUGACAGAGCGUGGCAAAAUGCAAGGUCAGGGGCGAAUUGCCAAGACAUCUGGUGAUCUCUUCAAAAUGUGUGGAUUCUUCGCUGAAGCAAUAAAGUGGUAUGCAGAAGCUGCAGCCAUAUCCAAGGCAAACAGUGAUCACCUGUGGUAUGCUGCGGCGCUUGAGGGUCUUGGCCAGUGUUGCGUACUCAUGUGUUAUGCCGAAUUGACUCCUCAAAUUCCCUCUGUGGCGAUGAAUGCAAUACAACGAGCUGCCAGCAAGGACCACAAGGAAUCUGCCAAGAUCGACAUUGAGCCUGCCCCGACGCCGAAGAAGGAUGUGGACUUUAUCGACUUCAUUCCAGACUUGCACUCUGCCAUCCUGAAUCUGUACCAGCGAUCAACAGCAUUCCCACAAGACACUGUGCCGCCUCUGUGUAUGGCUGAGAGUGCCCUUCGACUCGCGAAGUUCCUCGCAGCAGUCCAUCUUGCUGGUGGAUUUAACAAACAUGCUCUAGCGCAUAUCGUCCUCGGUCGACCCAUUCCGCCACUGACAAUCGGUGCGUAUCCACCACGAGCAGAAAUCACAGCCUGGGCGAUGCGCGCAUAUUCUGGUUCAAUCGACUCGCUCAAUCUCGCCGACAAGUGCUACGUGCUCGGCGGGCUAGCUGCCAUUCACGGAUCCGUUGGAUUCAGACGUCGUCGCGCAUUCUUCCUUCGCGAAAUUGUACUUUGCCUGACGCCAGCCUUGGUUCAAGCUCGAGUCACUGGAGCUGCUGGUUUGGGUAUUCAUCCAGCUGCAGGCUUGGCCAUGGCAGACAAUAAUAUCGCUACGCUCAUGGCUCAGAUGGGCAAGCAGACAUCUCUACAUGCUCUGCUCGAUGACUUGUGCGCCAGCUACGACAUACCCAACGCCAAGGAUGCACAGUCUAUACAAUACCAUGCGCUGACUGGAGCUGGUUGGCGUUCCCUGCAAACUACUGUCCUGAAAGAUUGCACUGCCAUGUGUGAAGCAAUUCCCGACUUUCGAGGUGUACAACGAUUCACCACGAGAGUGCUGGAGACAACAGCCACUGAACUUGGGCGUGAAGAUCAAGUGAAGCUCGUUUCGAAUCUUCCUCGCAUUGCGGGUGUCGCCAAGAAGUAUGGUGCCCUCGACAUGGAUCUUGAUUAUUGGGAUCCUUACUUAUUACGCGACUGCAAAUUGUGUGCUUCCAUCUUGCCUGUACCUACCAAGAGAGAUGCUUCUGCUCUCACCCAAGCACAAAAUCCUUUCUUUCUCUACAAUCCAUAUGCAAAGCACGAUGAGGUCCCUGACAGCAAUGUCAUUGUUCAGCAUGAACCUGCAGAGUUUGAAAUUACUCUGCAAAAUCCGUAUCAUUUCGAUGUGGAAGCCAUUUCACUCUCUCUCGUCACGGAAGGUGUGGCUUUUGAAGGAUCGCCUGCAACCUGCUUCAUAUACGCCAAAUCGAUACAGACUGUGCGUCUGACAGGAUUCGCUAGAGAGCCAGGGUCUCUUGUGGUCAAGGGGUGUCGCAUCAAGAUGUUUGGAUGCAGAGAAACCUUCUUUCCCAAUAUUGUACCACCUUCACGACAAGACGUUGAAAGAUGGUAUCAGGCUCAUGGUGGCUUAGAUCGACUGAAGCCAACCUGCAGCCUUAUCAAGAAUACCAAGCAAGAGGCACUGCUUGGCGAACAACGGACCAAGACGCUUGAUGUGAUUCCUGCUCAAGCAAGAUUGUGUUACCGUGGCUCAAGCCUUGGUGGCCAAGACACUCUUUCGCUCCUUGAGGGAGAGCACACAUCGUUCCAAAUCACACUUGAGAACGACUCAGAGACCGCCGCUCACGGCAUCACAUUGACAUUUAUGGACUCGACGACGCUGGCACUUCAGAGCGCCAUCAAAGCUCGCGGAAAAGCGCCUCAUGAGCUGCAUGAACUUGAAACGUUCCUGUAUGACCGCGUUGCCUUUAGUCACACGGCAAAGGACGACUGUCAAAUACUGGGAGGUGGCAAGAGAGUAUUUGACAUCGAUGUCGUUGGCAAGCGAGGCCUCAGCAAUGUCGAAGUCGUUGUCGAAUAUGCCUCCGGCACAGGAUCCGAAGCGCUGUAUACGAGGCAGCUGCGGAUACCUCUCAAGGCUAAUGUAUCAGGUGUGAUUGAUAUCACGCGGGCGGAUAUCCUACCAUUCAACAUGCUCGACCAGCAAGUAAACGUCAGCAAUCAAAGCAGUGCACAAGUCCAGACUCUCUUUGCUAAAUUGCGUGCUGGCCAUGCUGGGGACUUUUGCCUAUUGCUCAUCAACAUUCGCAAUUUGCACUCACAAAGUCUGCUCACGACCAUGACCAUGAAUAUGGGAGAGGAUAAUGAGCCAUAUGUCGUUGCUGCAUCGCUGAAUGCAGGUGGCGCGACCAGCUUGUUGCUGCCUCUUCAACGACUUUAUUUGGACGAUGCGAGUACCAAGCCUAUCCCAUCACGCUCCAAGCGACAAUUUGUCGUGUCUUCAGUUCCCGAUUCUGAACAAGAGGCGUUGAGCAGACAAGUGUUUUGGUAUCGAGAAGCUCUGCUGGCUAAACUAUCGGCAUCCUGGACCUCUGCUCGACUAUCAGCAGACCAACCCCUUGCGAAGCAAAUGGCGUUUGUCUCGACUGAGACGGAGCAGCCUCGUACAGGAACCGUCGAGUUGCGCGCCAUCAGCAUGUCGCCUCGCAUGAUGCGGGCGCUGUCACUGUCGCCUUUGCGUUGUCGCUUGUCCAUUAUUGACUCCUUAAUGACCGACACGUUUGGCAAGUUGCGUGUGACCAUCAUCAACGAGACAAGUGCGUCGUAUGUUGUACUUCUUCGCAUGUCGGCUGUUGCAGGAGCAGAAGUCAGGGAUACUUUACAAGAACCCGCUUUGGGCCGGCCUAUGAGUAUGCAGUCUGCACAAAGUGGCAAGAGCGACAAGGUGAAUGUGCAUUCGCCUUCACUCCUAAUUCCGGGCUGCCCUGGCACCAUCACGGUACCUGGCCAUGGCGAACAUCUACUCCAGCUAGACGUGAUGGCGCUGGACGUAGGUGUUUACUGGACAACAUGUUCGCUGUUUGUGAAGAGCAUCGACGGCGAAAGCACUGUACAUACUGGCCAAUGCCUAUCAUCUGACGCCAUCAAGAUAGAAGUACAAGCAUAGACAAGGAGUUGUUCAUGUACACGUAUUAUACUACAC